GCCACAAAGGCUGCCAUUAGACCAUUCUGGUAAGUGACGUUGCAGAGCCCAGAAGGCCUGGGAGGGUGGUGAGUAGGAACCAGGAGUGCAAGGAGCCCCUCCUCAAAGAGGGAGGAGAGCGCUUCCCAGCUGACCAGGGCCCCAGGAGCAGUGGCUCUGCGUGGCAGGGGCUGCCGAUCUCAAGCCAUGGUCUGGACUCCUGUCCUGCUCAUGUUGUUGGCCUGGCUCACAGGUAAGGGAACCUUUGGGGCUCCGAGCCUCCUUGCCUUUUCUCUUGCCGUGCUCUGCCUCAGUGAUGGGCUUGUUCCUAUCUUCCCAGGUUGUGGCCCUCAACCGAUGCUGCAUCAGCCACCGUCAGCCUCUUCCUCCCUGGGAACCACCAUCCGCCUCACCUGUACCCUGAGCAGAAACCAUAACAUCGGCAUUUACAGCAUUUACUGGUACCAGCAGAGGCCGGGCCACCCUCCCAGGUUCCUGCUGAGAUACUUCUCACACUUAGACAAGCACCAGGGUCCUAAGGUCCCCCCUCGCUUCUCCGGAUCCAAAUACGUGGCCGGGAACCUGGGGUAUCUGAGCAUCUCUGAACUGCAGCCUGAGGACGAGGCUGUGUAUUACUGCGCCGCGGGGCUCCGGAGGGAGGAAAAGGAGAAAGGGAUGGAGAGGCAGUGGGGAGGAGAAAAGUAGCUUACAGAUUCG